GGCCAGCCCGGUCCAUCGGUCGGUCGCGUGCACCCGUCAGGUCUGCUCGCGGGACCAUGCCGUUCCUCGGGCAGGACUGGCGGUCCCCCGGGCAGAGCUGGGUGAAGACGGCCGACGGCUGGAAGCGCUUCCUGGAUGAGAAGAGCGGCAGCUUCGUGAGCGACCUAAGCAGUUAUUGCAACAAGGAAGUAUAUAAUAAGGAGAAUCUUUUCAACAGCCUGAACUAUGAUGUUGCAGCCAAGAAGAGAAAGAAGGACAUGCUGAACAGCAAAACCAAAACUCAGUAUUUCCACCAAGAAAAAUGGAUCUAUGUUCACAAAGGAAGUACUAAAGAGCGUCAUGGUUAUUGCACGUUAGGGGAAGCGUUCAACAGGCUGGACUUCUCAACUGCCAUUCUGGAUUCCAGAAGAUUCAACUAUGUCGUACGGCUGUUGGAACUGAUAGCAAAGUCACAGCUCACAUCCCUGAGUGGCAUUGCCCAAAAGAACUUCAUGAACAUUUUGGAAAAAGUGGUUCUGAAAGUCCUUGAAGACCAGCAAAACAUUAGACUAAUAAGGGAGCUACUCCAGACCCUCUACACGUCCUUAUGUACCUUGGUCCAAAGAGUCGGCAAGUGUGUGCUCGUCGGGAACAUUAACAUGUGGGUGUACCGAAUGGAGACGAUUCUACACUGGCAGCAGCAGCUAAACAACAUCCAGAUUACCAGGCCUGCCUUCAAAGGCCUCACCUUCACCGACCUGCCUCUGUGCCUACAACUGAACAUCAUGCAGAGGCUGAGUGAUGGGCGCGACCUGGUCAGCCUGGGCCAGGUGGGCCCCAACCUGCAUGUGCUCAGCGAGGACCGGCUGCUGUGGAAGAGGCUCUGCCAGUACCACUUCUCCGAGCGGCAGAUCCGCAAGCGAUUAAUUCUGUCAGACAAAGGACAGUUGGAUUGGAAGAAGAUGUAUUUUAAACUUGUGCGAUGUUACCCGCGGAAGGAGCAGUAUGGAGAUACCCUCCAGCUCUGCAAACACUGUCACAUUCUUUCCUGGAAGGGCACUGACCACCCGUGCACAGCCAAUAACCCGCAGAGCUGCUCCGUUUCACUUUCACCCCAGGACUUUAUCAACUUGUUCAAGUUCUGAAUCCCAGCCCGUGACAGCACUUCAGAGAGGGUCCCCUGCUGAUUGGAUGGUUGGGAAGACAGAGUUGGACACUUCGUUUGUAAAUAGUGUACAUAUGAAACAUUGGCUCCAAGCUUCUGAGAUAGGUCAUGGAGAGGACAUUGGAGGGGAAAGAUGCAGUCGCUGGCUGGGAAUUUAAGAAUACGGACUUCUCAUUAGAAUCGGUAUGAAAAAGCAGAAAUACUGUAAAUAAACGUUUCUUCUCAAUGAUUUGCCAGCAAGACGGCAAGGGCAGGAGUUCUGUUUCAUUGGUGAAAAUGGAAUUCUCGAUGAUCACUGACACUCCUGUAUAGUUCCCCAGAGAUGUGGAAAAGGAGGACAAAACCCGAAUACGAGACAGAACACGCUUUGUUUACAAUGUGAAAACGCGUUUAAAAAAGAAGGAGAAGAAGAAGCAGAGGAACUACAGAUGAAAAUUCCCUGGGCUUUUGGUUUUGAUUUGGGGUUUGCUUUGAAAAGGCAGAGAAGCACCACGCAUCUUAAACCUGCAUGGACGUAGGGCCUUAUCUUACGAAGAUAUCACAAUAGUCUACCUCGGAAAGCAUACAGUGAUCUCUCUGACAAAGCGCAUUGUCCAAUAGGCAGUGUCUGUUUUUCUUGUUUUUCAUCAUAUACAAAAGUGAUUUAAAAUGGGAAGUGAACUUGGAAGCAGACCUCACCCUGUUCCUUGUUAGGGAACGGGGCACUCCUUGGUGUUGCUUCCUUUCGAGAACCACAGAACGUGUAAGGCCUUUGUUCCUCUCAUGUCACACCUCACGGGGGACAACAUUAGGCCAAUUACAGACUGUCCCAGAGGAAGUCCUGCCACAGAAAAGAUAGAAUUAGCUGCCCAUAGCUGUGAAGACUUUCUUAUUCCUGUUUAAUUUCUUGGCUUGUCUGCUUCCUGGGGUAUCUUCACGGAUAAGCAUGAGCAUAUCUCUGUGGACUGGUCGGAGCCAGAAUGCUGAUAAAGGCUUGUAAAGCAGGUUUGACAUAUCAGUGAAACCUUUUACCGGCUACCAUUCGUUCCUCUUGACGGGUGAUGAGCCGAGGAGCUUGCUUUAUGUCCCACAUGAAAAUUUAGUCAACCUGAGCUAAGGCUUCAAGCAAGGAUGGUCAAAUAAAGCCUGGACUUCCAAUCCAAUAGGGAACUGAGGCGCUGAGUCCAUCUAAACCUGCUUCAUACCCCAGGGGAUCUUGUUAGACAAAUAUCAGCAGAUACCUAUGUGGAAGAGGAAAUCUCAGGAUUUAAUCAGUUUGUUGUCAGAUAGUCCUGGGAGGGAGUAGGGAGUGUUUUUGUUUUUUACUUUUUAUAGAACUUUGCUUUUCUACAACAAUGUACAUAUUUUUGCCAUUGUAUUUGCUUUGUCUUCUUUUUCUUUUUGUAAAUAAAAUUGCAUGUCCUUGGCAAGUAAGUGAAGCAGAAAUAGGAACUUGGUUCACAUCGGUUCACAUUAACGUUGCAGAACAGUGAAUCCUUAGGGGUUGAGCUUGGGGUGACCUGCAGAGGGCAAAGUUGGUUAAACGUGUGUAGAAACAAGCCUGGGGACCCGCUAGUGACACCCUUCCCUCAACAUACCCCCAAGUACCAGCAUUUGGAAGAGAACCAACUGCCGAUGAGUGCGCCUCACUUUGCAGUGCUGGUGCCUACACCGGAGUUGCUCAAUAUUUUUUUCAUUAUCACCCUCCAAGAAGGAAAAGAACUGAAUUUAAAUUCUCCCGAAUGAGAAAAAUUAAAUAUGAAACAAUAAAAUCUCAUCAGGCAAAUUGGAGCUUCAGAGGCCCACAAGCUAUUGUAAUACCGAGCGGUGCUUUUCGCUCUCCCCUCCCCAGAGUCCAAGUCACACUGAAAAUGAAAAAGCUAGUUCUUCCAUAAUUUGGACAUGUUCUCUCAAAUGCCUCAGCUUCCUCUAAGAUGUGGGUGGAGCUGGGUCUGUUGUUGCUGUGAGAGCUCUGGAACCUUGGACUCUGAUCAUUUCCAGUUUAUUCAAGGCCUUCCACAUCUUCCCUUCGUGCUGAUCGAGGAGGUGAAAGCUCCCAGGCGCCUUCGGGUUUGCAGUCCCAGAAGAGUUGUCACUUUGGGCUGUCAGCACGAGGCUGGCCGGCCCGUCUCAUCUGGACUGUCAGCACAAAGCUCUGACUGUACAUCUGUCCCCAAGCAGCAAGGUACAUCUGUGCAGCACGAGCCCUCCAGAAGUGACGGGACUAUGGUUUUCGGAAAUGUUUACCUAGAUGGUGCCUCUGGGCUCUCCCAUCUCCUUUGGCGUUAUGGAGGUGGUGUGUGACAGAGCCGAGGGAAAUUUUUAAGGAAAAAAAAAGAAACGAACGUGUGGUUCUCUCGUUGGAAAAGGAGAAUAAGGAAGGAAAUGGCAGGUGGAGAGGGAGAGGGAAAGGAAUACAAGUGCAUUUCUUCGAUGCUGUGGUUUGUGUGAGGGCCAUGGGGACAAGAAUAGCAGGCAUCGAGCAUCUGUGUCGGUGCCACGUGGUAGCUGUGAAGCAUGGCCAGAGCCUCGCGUAUGAGUAAAGUGAGGUGGAAAGAAAAUUCUUGUUCCCUGGGCACUAAUCAUCUAUUGAAUUUCUAUUGGUAAACCCUCCCAGAAUAACCUGACCCAGAAAAACAAGAAUCCCAAGAAUCCCUGAGAACUGCUGCUCUAAAAGGCAGCAGGGACGUGACCAAGGAAAUUGCUAGAAGAAACAGAAUGCUCUAUUCUCUUCACUGUACUUAACCUACCUGUCCCCCAAGCCUGUGACGUAGAAUUUGAAGUCGAUAUCAAACAUGAAGUAAUUUCGACUUCUAGACAACGAAAGAGUUUUUGUCCAGGGCAGGGUGAGGCAGUAAUGUUAUAAUUUCGUCCAACUCAAAGGUUUCUGAGCAAUGAGCCUAGAGUUUCUUGGGAAUAAAGCACAGCAUUUGAGGAGAAGGAAUAUGUGAAGCUUAGGAAUGCUCACUUGAUAGCAAGACCCAGAAAAAGUCCAAUGACAUGUUAAACUAGAUAGGUAGCAUUAUUACUCAAUGCUGUUACUUUGAGCAGAUGGGACAAUCCCAUAGGAGGGCAAGUGGCAGAAAUUACAAGGUAAAAACAUCCCCAGGGUGUCAGUUGUGUUAUGACAGUUCUUUAGUGAUGAUCAAUUUUACAAUGAAGGGGCUUGGAGGAGAUAUUUUAGAUGAGCUGGGUUUACACUGCAAAACUCAACACGAGCGGGUUUUACCUGGUGAUGGUGAAGUCAGCCAAGUGUGUAUUGCGUUAGUUCUCAUCUUUAUGGAUUCAGAAACUAUUUUUCACGAUGACUUUGCUAUUAACAGACGCUCCUUGUUCCUCUUGUUUUUAUGUGGGAGAAGAGAGUUUGGAAUUUCAUUUGUCUAAGCAAGAGGUGUGAUUCACAAGAAGGUCAGUCAUUUCAAGACAUGUUUGACAGUUUAUCAUCCUUAGUGUUCAAUACAAUGUUUAUCAUAACAUAUGCACCUGAGUUUAUAUUUUUAUGCCAGGUUGUAGGGCAAUAAUGUCUUGCUAUGCAAACAUUCAAUUUUAUGUGUGAAUUUUUUUAACUAUAAUUUUAUGUGUGAAUUUUUUCUAACUAAACUUUAUCAUCAGUUUCUAUGUUGACA